AUGGAUUCCGACGCCACGUCAAGAUUUGUGCCUGAAUAUAGGCGUACGAACUUCAAGAACAAAGGACGGUUCCAGAGCGAUGAGCUCAGGCGGAGAAGAGAGACCCAUCAAGUGGAUCUCCGGAAACAAAAGAGGGAAGAAGCAUUGUCGAAACGUCGAAAUUACACCGCCAAUGACUCGGAAGACGAAGAAGAGCCGGUUCCUGGGCUGGACGAGGACCAGUUUUAUGGUAAGCUCCAGCAGGAUCUUCCUCGGAUGAUGGAAAUGAUCCAAACCAACGAUUUUGACAGCCAACUUGCUGCCACCGUCAAGUUCCGCCAAAUCUUAUCGCGGGAAAACAAUCCUCCCAUCAACCUUGUGAUUCAAAGUGGUGUAAUCCCCACGUUGGUGGAGUUCAUGCGGCCCAACCACCCGGAUAUGUUGCAGUUGGAGGCGGCGUGGGCCCUCACCAACAUUGCAUCGGGAAACUCCGACCAGACUCGAGUGGUGGUGGAGCUGGGUGCGGUGCCACUUUUCGUAGACCUUUUGUACUCGCAGUCGAUGGAGGUGAAGGAACAGGCUAUUUGGGCGUUGGGAAAUGUUGCAGGAGACUCUUCGGAGUAUCGUGAUUAUGUGCUUGCGUGCCAGGCAAUGCAGCCGGUUUUGGAGUUAUUCAACACCACCAAGAUGCUGUUAAUCCGAACCGCUACAUGGACGUUGUCCAACUUGUGUCGUGGUAAAAACCCGCAACCGGACUGGCUGACGGUGCAACAGGCAAUUCCUACACUUGCUAAAUUGAUAUAUUCGGUGGACGCCGAAACGUUGGUUGAUGCUUGCUGGGCGGUGUCUUACCUUUCCGAUGGAACCACCGAGGCCAUCCAGGCGGUGGUGGACGCCCGGAUUCCCCAUAGACUCGUGGAGUUGUUGGGACAUGAAUCCAAUUUGGUGCAGACCCCGGCUUUACGUGCCAUUGGUAACAUUGUCACGGGAAACGACUACCAGACUCAGAUCGUCAUCAAUGCCGGUGUGCUCCCUGCGUUGGCUCCAUUGUUGAACUCGCCCAAGGAAACCAUCAGAAAAGAGGCGUGUUGGACCAUCUCCAAUAUCACCGCUGGUAACUCGGACCAAAUCCAAGCAGUUAUCGAUGCCAACUUGAUUCCGCAAAUAAUCCGGUUGUUGGUUUCUGGCGACUACAAAACGAAGAAGGAGGCAUGCUGGGCCAUUUCCAAUGCGUCUCUGGGCGGACUUACUCGCCCCGACCAAAUUCGGUACCUUGUUAGCCAAGGAUGCAUCAAGCCGUUAUGCGACCUUUUGGCGGUGGCCGACCCUAAGAUUAUCGAGGUGACGUUAGAUUCGCUCGAGAACAUCCUCAAGAUGGGCGAGCUCGACAAGGAGGCGCGCGGGCUGAAUGUCAACGAAAAUGCACUUUUCAUCGAAGAGGCAGGUGGCAUGGAGAAGAUCUUUGAGUGUCAAGGUAAUGAGAACGAAAAGGUUUACGAGAAGGCAUACAGAAUUAUUGAGAAGUACUUUUCAGAGGAGGACGACCAGAUCGACGAGGAUAGCGUUGCGCCCCAGGCGUAUGGCGAUGCAUUUGGGUUUGGGGUCCAGAACCAGCAAAACUUUCAGUUUUAA